AUGACAGCUCUUUCUCGUUAUGCUUUCAAAGUAGAUUACUAUGAUCCACAGGCGAACCUCAUGCGUCAGUAUUUGCUACUUUACUUUACAGAGGACGCAACAAUCGAAAUGCAUGACCUUAAACUAAAAAAAGUCUUUCUUAAACGUUGCGCCUAUCCAUCUUUAAGUGCACAUGAGUUUUUUAUUGGAGCCACCGUGAAUAUUUUUGCUCGAUCUUUAAAGCUUGUGGAUUAUGGAGAUGAAGCAACACGGAAGCACUUUUCAGCAGCACUGGGUGAGUUUAUUCUGCUCAUUACUGAAGAAGGGUUUUCUUGUGCCGGAACUAUUGUGGACAGGAUUGUUGCAAAAGAACUAAGGAUAACGAAUAUUCGUCUAGUCGAUUUACCAGAAGAUAUGUGUUUGCAAUUUGGAAUUUCUAAACGAUGCAUUGUUGUAUUAGUCAAGGGAUCUGAAGCGGCUGACAAGGUAGUUAAAUUAAAUGAGGCAUUUCCAAAUAUGACGUUUGUCGUAUCCAAUCCCACAGAUGUGAGUACUUGCUCUGGGGUUGCCUUCAGCCCUGGGAAAACAACUGCAGUAAUGAAAAACUGCGCCAUUUGCGUCAUCAAGCCUCACGCUAUAACAAGUGGCUAUCAGGGUGCAAUUCUUCAGCGUCUGAUUGAUGAAGGCUUUCAUAUUAGUGCUUUGGGCAUGUACACACUGACCUUGGCUGAUGCGGAAGAUUUUCUUGAGGUGUACAAUGGCGUGUUACCAGAAUACAAGAGACUUGUGGAGCAAAUGUCAAGCGGUCCAUGUUGGGCAAUAGAAGUAUGUGCUGAAAAUGCAGUGACCGCGCUUCGGGCUGUAUGUGGGCCACAUGACCUUGAGGUUUGUCACGUGUUAUUUCCUCACACUAUUCGUUCAAAAUAUGGCGUUGAUCACUCUCGAAACGCUGUACAUUGUACGGAUUUAGAAGAAGACGCACCUCUGGAGUCUGAAUUCUUUUUUUCACUACUCCAGAAUCUAUAG